GGCCAGUUCAAGCAAAGAGGCGAAAGCGUAAAAAUUAAAUUCCAAGAGGCAAAUGAGGAAUAAAAUUUCCAAUUAAUAUCCCGCGUUGUAUAGAAGCCAAGAGAACUACAGGAACAUCCACUGUCCAAGUGCCAGUCUCUCACUUUCUCCCAAAUUUUGCGUUCAAUUAGGCAAAAUUUGGGGGCAAUUUUUAGGGAUCUGAAGAAAAAGCAAAGAGCAUGAGUCGGUACCACCACGAUCCUAAUCCAUUCGAUGAAGAAGAGGUCAAUCCUUUCUCGCAUGGUACUACUGCUCCUGGAUCAAAGACACGUAUACCUCCUUUGGGACCUGAAUCUGCUGGAUUUGGACAUAAUGAUGCAACAGUGGAUAUUCCACUUGAUACAAUUAAUGAUCCAAAGAAGAAGCAGAAAGAGCUUGCAGCUUGGGAAGCUGAUCUUAAAAGGAGGGAAAAGGAAAUCAAAAGGAGAGAAGAUGCAGUUGCAAAAGUUUGCAUAUCAGCUGGUGUCCCUGUAGAUGAUAAAAACUGGCCUCCAUUUUUCCCCAUUAUCCAUCACGAUAUAGCAAAUGAAAUACCCAUUCACGCUCAAAGGCUACAGUAUUUGGCUUUUGCAAGUUGGUUAGGUAUUGUUCUUUGUCUAGUCUUUAAUGUAAUUGCUGUGCUGGUCAAUUGGAUUAGAGGCGGGGGAGUCAAAAUUUUUCUCCUUGCAUCGAUCUAUGCCUUGUCUGGUAUUCCUAUGUCAUAUGUGUUAUGGUAUAGGCCUCUUUAUCGUGCAAUGAGGACAGAUAGUGCUUUGAAGUUUAGCUGGUUUUUCCUCUUCUACCUGCUUCACAUUGGGUUUUGUAUAUUUGCUGCUAUUGCUCCUCCAAUUGUCUUCCAUGGGAAAUCUUUGACUGGCAUACUCCCAGCAAUUGAUGUCAUCUCUGACCAUUUGUUGGUUGGGAUUUUCUACUUAUUGGGGUUUGGCUUGUUUUGCUUAGAAUCUCUUCUCAGCUUGUGGGUUCUUCAGAAAAUUUACAUGUAUUUCAGAGGGCAUAAAUGAGACAAUUAAAUGUUUGGCGAUCCAAUUCAGAUUUAAGGUUUUGAUGCGUCUUGUUGUGGUUUCAGUAUAUUCUUAUCAUAUCAUUGUCAUUUUUUCUUGUGAUGAUUGUUUAAAGUUUGUACAAUUAAGAGUGGUUAGUGUAAAUUGAUCUAUUCACUUCUACUUGAACAUUGUCGUUUAUUUCUAUUUUUUCCAAGUCAAUUUUGAUAUUUUGUAAUGUUGCAUCUAUAAAGCAAUAGAGGUUUUUCUUUUUAAUUAUUA